AUGCCUCCAAAUAAGAUGAGAAAACGCGGCACUGACCUUGCCAUCCUUCAACUGUCAUCUUGGAGACUGUCGUGUUUAUCUCCACCCUAUCUUGAGAUUUCUGAGAUGGCAGAUUUGCGAGUCGAAUUGGCCUUGGCCGCUUGGGAAAAGGAUAUCAUACGUCAGACGAAAGAUACUUUCUCUGAAGAACUCAGCCUGGAUUCCUCUCAUGCAUCAUCACCUGUCAACAAAGACUGGAUCCGAAUUAACUGGAGCUGGGCCACCCAUGUUUGGCUUCAAUUAAAAGAAUCGCUUGUUGACUUGGAAGAUGAAGAAAUUGCGAUACACCAGACGAACCCAGUUCGAAUGUGGGAAAUUCUGAAAAACAAGCUUUCUUCACGAACUGCGCCAAGCACAGCACUGAAAUCCUACAGUUGUCACUCGAGAUUGAGGCAGUUGCUCGACGCGAAUAGUGACCUGCCAUCGCUUAUUUCUCAACUGCAGGUCCCUGAACUUCCCUAA